GCAGAUAUUACGUUAGUAAUGAACUAAGAUGCUGUCGUUGAAGGCGUUCCUAGUAUGGCUCGUUCCGCUAUUCUUGAUGGCCGGAACACUUCCUCUGACACAAGCAAAAGUCUACGGGUUCUGCGAAUUAGCUAAACUGCUCCACAACAAACACGGAAUAGCCAAAUCCGAACUUCCCAACUGGCUGUGCCUGGUGCGCUGGGAAAGCUCCUACGACACCACCGUGAAGCACCUCAAUGCCUACGAUGGGUCCACCGAUUGGGGACUGUUCCAGAUCAACGAUCGCUACUGGUGCGAUCCGGCCAACGGUAAAGCCAGCUCCAACAGCUGUCGGGUUAAGUGUUCGAAAUUUCUAGGCGCCAACCAAGAUGAAGCGGUCAAGUGCGUGAGGAAAAUCUAUAAGGUUCAUGGAUUCAGCGCUUGGACCGGUUGGAAAAAUCACUGCCGAGGAAAACGACUGGCCGAUGUGAAGAGGUGCUUCUGAGGACUCGUAAUUAAAUCUACAAGAUAAUUCGGAUUGCUGGUUUUAAAAAAAUAGAAUUUGUCAUGUUUAAUAAAAGAUUCCAUGCGAUGUGUACACACAA